AUGUGCACCCGAGCAAUACAUUUAGAACUUACUUCUACUUUGGCAACAGAAGAUUUUUUAGCAGUAUUUAAUCGCUUCAUUGCACGACGGGGACAAUGCUCAGACUUAUUCAGUGACAACGGGACUGGUUUUGUUGGGGCUAACCGAAUAUUACAAAACCAAUUUCUAGCUUUACAAAAAUGUAAAAAAUUGAGUGAUUUUUUGUUAAACCUUAAUAUCACGUGGCACUUCAUACCCCCUUCUGCGCCGCACUUUGGUGGCCUUUGGGAGGCGGCAGUGCAAUCUGCAAAACGUCAUUUGCUGAAGGUAACUAAGGGAGUAAUGUUGAAGUACGAUGAAACCGUUACGUUAUUAUGUGAAAUAGAGGCUGUAUUAAAUUCCAGGCCUCUUUGCCCAAACUCCACUGAUCCUUCAGAUUUCAACGUUCUCACACCUGCUCAUUUCCUGGUUGGUGGUUCCUUGUUACUUCCAGCAGAACCAGAUGUUUCCUCUGUUCCGUAA